AGAAAGAAUGAGCUGCAAAACCCAUUCUCUAGUAGCAAAGGUGUUCUGCAUUAUUAGUUCUUUGUUUCUGUACCAUCAUGGCCAGAAUCAUCAUUUUUUCCAUCGUUCUCUCAAUAAUCUACAGCAGCGACGCCUUUUCCGGUGGAGCACCUCAAACAGUAUGCGACGAUAUGACCCCUGUCCAUUUAGUAGGUCCUAAGACCUCUAAACUACCCUACAACGUUACCGUUGAUCGAAGCGAAGUAAAAGGAGGUGAAAUAGUCGAAAUUUCAAUUCAAGGAUCGUAUAAAGGCGUACUAGUGGAAGUUAGGAAUGGUAAGAGAGCAGCAGGCACCUUCAUCGUCUCCGGCGAUGAUCGUUUCGUGAAAACAAUUGACUGCCAUGGAUCAAAAAAGAAUGCUCUAACUCACAAAAACUCUUUUACUAAAAAGGACAAAACAUUCAAAUGGAAAGCACCUAGGACACCAGGGAAAUAUACUGUCGUGGUUACCGUUGUCAAAGAGGCACUCACUUUUUGGGCUAGAAAACCAACAGCAGUUAUAAAUGUUGUGUAAAUAAUUAUAUUAAAUAUAAAACAAAGAAAUAAUUAAAACAAGUAUUUUAUCAAUUGGUACAUCAUAUUAUUUUUUGUCUACAAAAUAUGUUAUAAUUUAAAUAUAUAAUAUACACAUUAUAA